GCUCGCGUCGGAAGGCACAAGCACAACACCGCCUGCUUUCCUUUUUUUCUGUUUUCAAAAUCCAGGAAAAAUAAUGAUAAAAAAAGGAAUUUAAAUAAUAUUUUUUUCAUGCAUCUGGCGUCUUUACGUGCGCGCCGGCCAACCAACGCACAACCAACGCAACCCCGGUUUGUUCGGUGCUGUACCGUUGGGACCGAAUCCGUGAGUAGAGACAUCGAGAACAAAAUCUGGACUGACCACUUGUGUUGAUUUAGUUUGAAGGGGGACACGUUCUCAAGUCCCUUGGUUAAAAGAAAGUGUCAACUUUUCUUGACUUCUAAGUUAAGACAUCCUCAACUCAACUGUGUGUUCUGUGAACUCUGCAAACUUAUUUUCGUGGUCUCUGCAACCCAUUCCGUGUCGGAUUUGUUGUUCGCUGAAGCAGGACUUUUGGCACAUCUUUACGCGCUACGGUCUGGGGCUGUGCCACCGUCCCAACGCUGCUUUUAAAUCACCGCUACACGGACUUGGCUUCCCGGCAGGUGUACGUGUGUAAACCUGCUGCACCUGAUUUAGGAUACAGGCGACGAAUGGUUGAAAUAACAGCUGACAACCCGCGUGGAGACGACACACCACCUCCCUGCAUCUCAUCUGAACAAGCGACACCGCGGACAGUGAAAGCGGCCGCGGUCACGGAGGAGAAGAGAGGAGAGGUGAAGCGAGGACAGGACAGGUCGGUGUCUCUAAAUUCACCGGGAUCAGGUUUCAGCCGGGCCCCGUGGGGGCUCCUGGUAUUAAGGGGCUGCAUUUGACCUGGGAUAAGUUGUCAACGAGAGGAGUGGACGGUGAGCGAACUGGCAGGUGUACAAGUUAAUUUACAUGCAUACGUGUAAUCACGCCACUAUAUAUAGAAGUUGUUUUAGGGACUCGCGGCCACAAUACACGCUGCUCCUAGACCAACCCCCCACCCCACCGUCCUGCAGCUCCACGCACCGGGCGCGUGCGUGUGUCUAUAUAUACUCCCACAAACACACACGCCGCACCGUGCUGUAUUUCUGGGUCCCCCCGCCGCAGUAGUCUCUGUGUUGGGAGCAGCGUCCGCUCCGCCGUCGGUUUGGCUGUGAGGGCGGGGGUCGUCGCAUGGACUGAUAUGGCCACGGACCUCGCCAUGAGCACCGAGCUGCCGAACAGCCCGCUGGCCAUCGAGUACGUCAACGACUUCGACCUGAUGAAGUUCGAGGUGAAGAAGGAACCGCCCGAGUCCGAGCGCUACUGCCACCGCCUCCCGCCGGGCUCCCUGUCCUCCACGCCCAUCAGCACCCCCUGCUCCUCCGUGCCUUCGUCGCCCAGCUUCUGCGCCCCCAGCCCGGGCGGGGUGCAGCCCAACCAGGGCCUCGGCAACGGGGGUCUCGGCAGCGGGGGCAACAACAACAACAACAACAACAACAACAGCAGCAGCAACAACAGCAACAGCAGCAGCGGCGGGAACAACAGUCAGAACGGCGGGGGCAAGCCGCAGCUGGAGGACCUGUACUGGAUCCCGGGCUACCAGCACCACAUUAACCCCGAGGCGCUCAACCUCACCCCGGAGGACGCGGUGGAGGCCCUGAUCGGCAACGCGCACCACCACCACCACCACCACCACCAGGCCUACGAGGGCUUCCGAGGGGGGCAGCAGUACGCCGGGGAGGACCUGUCCGCGGCCUCGGCGGCGCACCACCACCACCAUCACCAGAGCCACCACCACGGACACCACCACGGCCACCACGCCCGCCUCGAGGACCGCUUCUCGGACGACCAGCUUGUGAGCAUGACGGUGCGGGAGCUCAACCGGCAACUGCGUGGCUUCAGCAAGGAGGAGGUGAUCCGUCUAAAGCAGAAGCGGCGCACGCUGAAGAACCGAGGCUACGCGCAGUCGUGCCGCUACAAGCGCGUGCAGCAGAGGCACAUGCUCGAGACCGAGAAGUGCACGCUGCAGAGUCAGGUGGAACAGCUGAAGCAGGACGUGGCGCGUCUUGCCAAGGAGCGGGACCUCUACAAGGAGAAGUAUGAGAAGCUGGCCGGCCGCGGGUACAGCGGCGGCGGACCCACAAACACUCGAGAUCCGACGGUUGGGGGCCACGGGAAGCAGCAGGCCGAGUUCUUCAUGUGAGGCAGAGAGAGAGAGAGAGAGAGAGAGAGAGAGAGAGAGAGAGAGAGAGAGAGAGAGAGAGAGAGAGAGAGAGAGACAGACUCGACUGUGUAUCAGAGACUAUGAUACCCCCCCCCACCCCCCCAGGGGAAAAAACAGGAUUUUUAAACCCAAUUUAUAUUCUCUCAGUUUGCAUUGUUUACAGUUAUGCCCUCGAACAUAAUGUUAUUUUUAUUGUUGAAGGCCCUUUCUUAAAAUACAACGAACAUGUCUGAAGGGGAAUGGAAGGUAUAAGAGGUGCACCAAAGUAGUCUUAAAGAUAUUUGGCCGAACCUUUUGUAACCACGUCACACACACCUCUGGUUCUGUAUGAUGUAUGCUUCAACUUGUUGUUGGGUCGAACUUGAGACUUUUUUUUUCUCUCUCUAAUGUGAAACAAGGACAUUCUGAUCCAACAAAUCAAGUCUUACUCCACCGAUCAGAUUCUUUUAAAACGGUAGAUUUUUUUGUCAUUCGUUCGUUUUCAACCUCAGAAUGAAUGAGAUUUUUGUGUUGGUCAGUUGGGACUCUGAAAGAAGAAGUGAAUAGAUAUAUUUUAGGAGGUAGGGCAGUAGGCCUGCUCGCCAUCUCUCCCAUGUCGUAACCGGACUGUGGUGAUGGAGAGGAGAGAGGCGAUUUUGGACGCAGCUAAGGAAUCUUUGAAAUCUUGCAAGUCUAGUUUCCCCGUUCCGCCAAUAGCGACCCUGCAUGCAGGACAUGUAUGGAAACCAACCCACCCCGACCCCCCACCUCAAUCACCCACCGCCACCCACCCCGACCUCCCCCCGCCAUCUCCUGACUCCUGGAUGGACAGCAUGGCCCCCGUCGCCUC